UCCGUCGAUUACAGAAGCUGGUCAUCCUUUGCAUGCUGUAUCUGAGUCUGAUAUUUAUAUGCAUUACAUACUUCACGUCCGAAGAUCUGUCCAUGCAGCAGCAGCAACACCAGCUUCCCUGUACGUCCCCAUCAACACAACCAGCGGCCUACAGGCUUACCAGAAACGCUGGGUGGGAUUUCCAGAACUCAGCCAUGUUCAGUGCACCCCCCUGUUCCGCAAGUCGACCAGAAAUCAUCAAGACUGCCCCCAGUUUCUGGAGAAGUAUGGAUUCAACCGGUAUACGCCAGUCACGGAUGAGGAGAUUCAGUUCCCACUAGCAUACAUCAUACUCUUUCACAAGGACCUUCAUCAGGUUCUGUUUCUGCUAAGAGCCAUCUACAGGCGGCACAAUGUUUACUGUCUAACUGUGGAUCUGGACACGGGACCGGCUUUCAUCAACGCAGUCAGGAGCGUAGCUUUGGAGUCGAUCGUUUACGCGGGUUUCAGCAGGUUUCUGGCAGACAUCAACUGUAUGCAGGAUUUGAUCGCACACCCUGUGGGGUGGAAGUACCUGCAUAACCUGCCUGGGCAACAGUUUCCUCUGAGAUUGUCAAACAUUUUGAAAAUCUACAAUGGGUGCCAACGACAUCCUUGGGUGCCAGGAAGAAGAAGUCACUACCCUCGGCGUUAUAAAAAACAAGCAUC